AUUAUAAGUUUAUAAAACACUUAUAAUUUACAAAGUUCAUUUUUAACUGAUUUAGUUCAUAAAUUUAUGUCUCUUACCAUGACUGUAAUGUCUCAAGAAGAAAUGAUGGUUGGUAUUAAAACUGUUGCUCAAGGAUUAGAAGCCUUGAAAAAUGAGUUGAUGGCAUCUAAUAAUUCUGGACAAAGUACAAUGCAACCAGAAGAAAAACAAUCUAUGCUUCAAAAAACUUUAGAUAUGACAGAAUUGGGUCUAGGGGAAGCUCAGGUUAUGUUAGCUUUGGCUUCCCAUCUUCAAAAUGUUGAAGCAGAAAAACAAAAAUUAAGAACUCAAGUUCGCAGACUUUGUCAAGAAAAUGCAUGGCUACGAGAUGAGUUAGCUAACACACAACAAAAAUUACAAGCAUCUGAACAGGCUGUUGCAUUAUUGGAUGAACAGAAUAAACAUUUAGAGUUUAUGGCAUCUAUCAGUAAAUUUGAUGCUGAUAAGACUGAAGACCAGAUCGAAAAUAAACAAGAAAAAUCUAAAAAUGAUGAUCCUGUUGUUGAUUUAUUCCCAGAUGAUGAAAAUGAAGAAAGAAACACACUAUCUCCUACACCACCAUCACAGUUUGCUCAGCAAGUGAAUGCUGGAGCUGGUUAUGAAAUUCCAGCACGUUUGAGAACUUUACAUAAUUUAGUGAUUCAAUAUGCAUCUCAAGGAAGAUACGAAGUAGCUGUUCCAUUAUGUAAGCAAGCUUUGGAAGAUUUAGAAAAAACAUCUGGACAUGAUCACCCGGAUGUAGCUACUAUGUUAAAUAUUUUAGCACUUGUGUAUAGGGAUCAGAACAAAUACAAAGAUGCUGCUAAUUUACUAAAUGAUGCUUUAGCAAUACGAGAAAAAACUUUAGGAGAAAACCAUCCAGCUGUAGCAGCAACAUUAAACAAUUUAGCAGUACUUUAUGGUAAACGAGGUAAAUACAAAGAUGCUGAACCAUUGUGUAAAAGAGCUUUAGAAAUUAGAGAAGCAGUAUUAGGUAAAGGGCAUCCAGAUGUUGCUAAGCAAUUAAACAACUUAGCUCUGCUAUGUCAAAAUCAAGGUAAAUAUGAAGAAGUUGAACGAUAUUAUCAACGAGCACUAGAAAUAUAUGAAAAGAAGCUUGGACCUGAUGACCCAAAUGUAGCUAAAACAAAAAACAAUUUAGCUUCGUGUUAUUUAAAACAAGGCAAAUAUAAGGAAGCAGAAAUAUUAUAUAAACAAGUAUUAACUAGAGCUCACGAAAGAGAGUUUGGCACAAUUGAUGGGGAUAAUAAACCAAUAUGGCAAGUGGCUGAAGAACGUGAAGAAAAUAAAAACAAAAGUACAGGUACUGCACCAUAUACAGAAUAUGGUGGUUGGCACAAGGCUGCUAAAGUAGAUUCACCAACAGUUACUACAACUCUAAAGAAUCUAGGAGCAUUAUAUAGAAGACAAGGAAAAUAUGAAGCUGCAGAAACUCUUGAAGAUUGUGCAUUACGUUCCAGAAAAGAGGCAUUUGAUAUAGUUAAACAAGCCAAAGUGGCCCAAAUUCUUAGUGGAUCAACUAGUAGUGUAAAUAGUAAUGACAGGCGUAAUCGAUCAAGUCGUUUAAUUGGUUCUAGAGAAUCAUUGGAGUAUGAUACCAGUUCUACUGGAACAAAAUUAGAUGAGAAAUCUGGAUCAGAUGGUCAACAGAAGUAGAGUUAAAACAAAAUAAAUAUUAUCUACUUGCUAAUCUACUACGUAUACUUACACUGCUUCGGCAAUCAAGUAUUCAUCUCCUUAAAGACAAAAACACGGAAAGGUCCAUUUUUUAAAUAUAAUUAUUAUUUAUUUAUAUGUGCAAUAUAAUUUUUAUUUACACUGCAAAAGUAGAUGGUUAUAGUUAAGACAAAAUUUCAUUAUGUCUAACUUUAUUAAUAACAUAAUUCAAUAUUUUAUUCCCAAAAAGUCAACAUAUUAUAAUAAAGCAUUGUAUCUAUUUACAAAUCAUUAACACUUGCAAUAUAUGAUUUAUA